AUGUCUAACCUUCCCACAGAGCCCGAGUUCGAGCAGGCCUACAACGAGUUGGUCAGCACCCUCGAGAACAGCUCCCUCUUCACGCAGUACCCCGAGUACAGGACCGCCCUCGAGGUCGUCUCCAUUCCCGAGCGUGUCAUCCAGUUCCGCGUUGUCUGGGAGGACGACAAGGGCAAGCUUCAGGUCAACCGCGGUUACAGAGUCCAGUUCAACUCGGCCCUGGGUCCCUACAAGGGCGGUCUGAGGUUCCACCCUACUGUGAACUUGUCCGUCCUCAAGUUCCUUGGUUUCGAGCAGAUCUUCAAGAAUGCUCUGACCGGCCUCAACAUGGGCGGCGGAAAGGGUGGUUCCGACUUUGACCCCAAAGGCAAGAGCGAUUCCGAGAUCCGUCGCUUCUGCGUCGCCUUCAUGCGCCAGCUCAGCAAGCACAUUGGCGCUGACACCGACGUUCCAGCUGGUGACAUCGGUGUUUCCGGCCGCGAGAUCGGCUGGCUCUUUGGCACCUACCGCCAGGAGCGCAACAAGUUCGAGGGUGUCCUCACCGGCAAGGGCCUCUCCUGGGGUGGUAGCUUGAUCCGCCCCGAGGCUACUGGUUACGGCGUUGUCUACUACGUUGAGCAGAUGCUCAAGUAUGCCGGUAAGGGCACUUUCUCCGGUAAGAGGGUGGCUAUCUCGGGAUCCGGUAACGUCGCACAGUACGCCGCGCUUAAGUGUAUCGAGCUCGGCGCUACCGUCGUCUCCCUGUCGGAUUCGCAGGGCUGUCUCGUCGCCGAGGGCGACGCUGCCUUCACCCCUGAGCAGAUCGAGAACAUCGCCAACCUCAAGGUCCAGCGCAAGUCUCUGACCGAGUUUGACCACAAGGGCUCCUUCAUGUACAUCAAGGGUGCCCGCCCCUGGACCCACGUCGGCAAGGUCGACAUCGCUCUUCCUUCCGCGACCCAGAACGAGGUUUCCAAGGAGGAGGCUGAGGCCCUCGUCGCUGCUGGCGUCAUUGCCGUCGCCGAGGGUUCCAACAUGGGCUGCACCCAAGAGGCCAUUGACGUUUUCGAAGCCCACCGCAAGGAGAAGGGUGCCGAGGCCGUCUGGUACGCCCCCGGAAAGGCCGCCAACUGCGGUGGUGUUGCCGUCUCUGGCCUCGAGAUGGCCCAGAACAGUCAGCGCCUGAGCUGGACCAGCGAGGAGGUUGACCAGAAGCUCAAGGACAUCAUGACUGCCGCUUUCGAGAACGGUCUCAACACUGCCAAGGCCUACGUCAAGGGUGGCGAGGGCGAGCUUCCCAGCUUGGUCGCCGGUAGCAACAUCGCCGGCUUCGUCAAGGUUGCCCGUGCCAUGCACGACCAGGGUGACUGGUGGAACUAG